CUCAUAUUCUUGUUUCCGAUGGAGCCGUUGGAGAUCCCUUGCUACUUCCUUUGCCCCAUCUCUCUCGAGAUCAUGAGAGACCCGGUGACCCUGCCCACCGGCAUCACCUUCGACCGCGACAGCAUCGAGCGGUGGAUCCUGGACGCCAAGCACAGCACAUGUCCGGUCACGAGGCGGCCUCUGCCGGACUGCGAGCUCACCCCCAACCACACUCUCCCCCGGUUGAUUCAGGCGUGGUGCGCCCUCCACUCCCCCAGCGGUGUCGAGAUGUUCCCGACUCCGAGGACCCCCGUCGGCAAGCGGCAGAUCGCCGAACUACUUGAAGCCGCCAUGGCGCCCCAAAGCCGACUCACCUCCCUGCGAAAGCUCAAGGCCGUCGUCUCCGAGAGCCACAGGAACAAGCGGUACGUCGAGACCACUCCUGGCGUAAUCGACUUCGCAGCCUUUGUCAUAGUGAACUACGCAUCGAACUCAGUCGAAGACGAAGAAGAAACCAGAGCUUGUGACGAAGCACUCAUUAUACUUCAGACUCUUGAGAUCUCCCAAGAAGGACUGCUCGAUCUUUUGGCGAAGAACGCCAACAUAAUCGAGUCGUUGACAACGAUUCUGCGACGAUCGAACGGUCAAUCACGAAGCUACGCGACUCUGCUUCUGAGAUCUUUACUCGGAGUGUUCUCCCCGGCACGAUCGAUCGGCCUCCACGCAGAGCUAUUCCAGGAGAUGGUGAACGUGUUACGUGACCGGAUCUCGCACCAGGCCACCAAGGCGGCGUUGCAUGCGCUCGUCCGGCUAUGCCCGUGGGGAACCAACCGAACCAAGGCCGUGGAAGCCGGCGCCGUCCAUGUUCUGGUCGAGCUCCUCCUCGAAGAUCCCGAGAGGAGAGUCACCGAGCUGGUGCUCGCGGCGCUGGACCGGCUCUGCGGGUGCGCGGAGGGGCGGACGGAGCUGGUCCGCCAUAGGGCGGCCAUCCCUGCGGUGUCCAAGAAGAUCCUGCAGGUGUCGCAGCUGGCGAGCGAGAAGGCGGUGAGGAUAUUGCACACGUUGGCGCGGCACUCGCCGGCGGCGGAGUUGCUGGAGGAGAUGCUACAGCUGGGGGUGGUCACCAAGCUCUGCCUGGUACUACGAGUUGGCUGUGGGGGGAAGACGGAGGAGAAGGCCAGGCAGAUCCUAAGGUUGCAUUCAAGGGUGUGGAUGCACUCUCUAUGUUUACAUCCUCAUCUCAGGCUUUCUUACCCAACUCUUUAAAGUCGUGUGCAAUUGUUUAUUCCUUACAUAAAUGUGAAAUUAGUGACCAAAUUGAUGUG